GGGUGGUGUGAGGGGAAGUCUCAGAAGUCGGAGUCUCCUCUGAGUGGAUUUGGUGAGAAAACCCGGGGCCACAGAUGAAAACUGAGUUAGGAUCAUGUUACAGGGGUGGCUUAUCACCAGCAGGCCAUGGGCCCUGUUUGUGCAGGUUGGGGCGACAGGAGAUGGGGAGCUGGCCUUGUCCCUGUCCCUGGCGGGGGUUCAGAGAUUGGGGCAGAAGCUCCAUGCCCUGGCUGGGGUGGUGGCAAUGAGGAUGGCCAGGAGGGAGGUGAUGGCGGGGGGCCCAGGGGAGAUCCUCUAGGAUUCCGUGGCCUGUCUCCACUGACCUCUCCACAGAUGUCAGCGCCAGGACCAGGAGGGCAGCCGCUUCGGCCACGUGCGAGGUCAGGAGAGGACUUGGCUAUGACGGGCAGAUGAGCUGACUUUGGAUGUGCUGAGUUUGGAGUGUUUGUAGGAUGUCAGUAGAGGUGUAUAGUGGGUGGUUAGAAAUGGGGUCUGUUUUUGGGGGAGAGCAUGGAACUGGCUCUCGAUUUAGAAGUUACCUGUGCAAAGGGGACAUAUACAGACAGAGACAAGAGUUUCAGAAAUAGGGGGGUGUUGUCUGCCAGGCCCUCUGGAAACAGGUGUUGCUACCUGCCGGGGGAAUGUGUUUGGAAGAUGAUUUUAUAAAAUGUCAAAAACCUAAAAGAGAACAUAGGCUUGCUGCAGGGUUCUGUUUCUCCAGUCAGGAAUUAAUCAGACACAUGUGCAAAGAUGAUCACAGAGUGGUUUAUUUAGUGAAAAACUGGGAGCUAGCUAAAUGCUGAACAACAGGGGUUGGGGCUUGGUUAAAGCAUGAAACAGUCUUACUGUGCAAUCCUGUGACGUCAUUGAAACUAUGGCGUAGAAGGAUAUUCGUUGACAUGAAAAGAUAGGCAUGACCUACUGUGAAGUUAAAACGGGUUAGAAAUCGGUAUGUUUCUAUAAAAUAAUGUAAAUGUUUCUAGGGCGCCUGGGUGGCUCAGUUGGUUGGGCGACUGCCUUCAGCUCAGGUCAUGAUCCUGGAGUCCCGGGAUCGAGUCCCGCAUCGGGCUCCCUGCUCGGCGGGGGGUUUGCUUCUCCCUCUGACCCUCCCCCCUCUCAUGUACUCUCUCUCAUUCUCGCUCUCUCAAAUAAAUAAAUAAAAUCUUAAAAAAAAUAAUGUAAAUGUUUCUAGAAAAAGGGGAUGUGAGGACACAUGAAAAUGCUGAUUACUUGUAAUUUUUUCCUUUUUUUUGGCUAAUCUGUAUUUUACUGUAGGGAGUGUGUGUCAGUAACACUCCCGACUGCCCCCAACUUUUUUUUAAUGGUGAAGUUGCCAACAUUCGUCGGAUAUGGCAGAGAGAAGCGGGGGGUAAAAAGAGCCCCCCCCUUUACUAGUAGAAGACCAGGCUGACCGGACGCGAGUUCUUGUGCAGUACAGGGUAGAGACAGAGCACGUGCGGGCCAUGAGCGGGGGACCCAGAAGCUGUUAGGCCAUGUCUCUGCUCAGCUGUCAUUCUCUGGGAUGUUUCCAGCGCCAGGAGAGGCCAGGACUGGGGAGGAGGAGAGCCCCCUUCUGUGGGCACCAAGGCAAGGCGGCUGGAGGCCAUCUUUGUCCCUGCGGGGCUGCGUCUCCGUCCGGGCUGUCUGGGCCGGGCCCGGGCUCCGGGUCAGGAGCCGCAGCCGAUUCAGGGCGAAGAGCUGGCAGGAAGGCCGUCCUGACCCUGGGGGAGGCUGCCACGUGGGCGGCCUGGGCGGAGGAGCCAGGAAACGCGCUCACCACGCACGCACGGGCCCACGCACGCAGCCCCUGAGCAAGGCCUUCCCAGACCUCUUCCAACUGCCGUUUGCUUCUCGGUGGCACGGGUCCGAUGACCCCCCGCUUCGCGGCCUCGCACAGGCUCGCCGGGAGCUAAGGGUCGCGUAUGACGCACGCCACGAGCCCCGGACGGCGACGUGCUAGUCCCCGUGGGUCUCAGCUCUGGUGCCUUUAGUUUUGGAGACAUGGCGUGAGCGGGAGUGCAGACCGGCCUGCCCUAAACGUGGGCGGGAGAGGAGGCAGCAGGGGGGCCGCCUGCUCCCCACGUGUGUCAGGCGACGCGGGGUCUGAGCACAUCCUUCUACAAGCAGGGGGCCUGCUGUGGGGGCCGCGCCCAGGCCCAUGGGGAGGGCAGGACCCCCCUUCACCUCGGGCUGCAGGCUUGCACACUGCGUGCGGGGCGGGGGUCUCCUCACCGGAUGUCCUUAGGACCCACCUGGGGACAAACGGUGAAGAACCCUGUUCCUUCAAGGGAUUUCCUCACUUCUCUGUACCUCAUCUGUGAAGCCCCCCUGAGAAAACCCAGGGCCUCGUGAAACAAUGUAAAGCCAGGCGCGGGGGGCCCCCUGCUCCCACCAGAAUUUGGAGGACCUUCCCUUGCACCCUCCUUGCAUCUCUCAGCCAGGGGUCCGGCCUGUCUCCUGGGGAAGCGGGGCACCUCUGCGGACGGCUCUAGAGACUUGGGCUGCCUCAGCAUGGAGAGUCGGGCCGGCCUGGCAGCCGCCCCCAGAGCACUGCCUUACUCCGUGGCUUUCUCCCAGCUGCUGGGCCUGACUGUGGUGGCCACGACGGGGGCUUGGCUCGGUCUGUACAGGGGCGGCAUCGCCUGGGAGGGCGCCCUGCAGUUUAACGCGCAUCCCCUCUGCAUGGUCAUAGGCCUGAUCUUCCUGCAGGGAGAUGCCCUGCUGGUUUACCGGGUCUUCAGGAAUGAGGCCAGACGCACCACCAAAGUCCUGCACGGGCUGCUGCACGUCUUUGCGUUCGUCAUCGCCCUGGUGGGCGUGGUGGCGGUGUUCGACUACCACAGGAAGAAGGGCUACGCGGACCUGUACAGCCUGCACAGCUGGUGCGGCAUCCUCGUGUUCGUUCUCUACUUCGUGCAGUGGCUCGUGGGCUUUAGCGUCUUCCUGUUCCCCGGAGCUGCGUUUUCGCUGCGGAGCCGAUACCGCCCACAGCACAUCUUCUUCGGCGCCGCCAUCUUCCUCCUGUCUGUGGGCACAGCCCUGCUGGGCCUGAAGGAGGCGCUGCUGUUUAAGCUCGGGGCCAAGUACAGCACGUUUGAGGCUGAGGGCGUCCUGGCCAACGUGCUGGGCUUGCUGCUGGUCGGCUUCGGGGGGACUGUGCUCUACAUCUUGACGCGCUCUGACUGGAAGCGGCCACCCCAGGCGGAAGAACAGGCUCUCUCCAUGGACUUCAAGACGCUGACAGAAGGCGACAGCCCCAGCUCCCAGUGACGGCCUGCCCUGUCCCGCGGGGAGGGCCUGGCUGUGGCUGGCGUCAGUUCUGGGGGGUUUGGAUAGGCGUCGUUCCCACGCUCCGUCGAGGCUGUCUUCAGGCUGGCGGCUCCUGGGAGGGCUGGGCAGUGUGGCGAGGGAGCGUGGGGGCAGCGUUCCCCUUGGGGCGCUCAUUUCUGGGGUGUAGGGCUUGGCUUCCUCUGCUUUCCCUCCUUGUUGCUGCUUCAGAGUCCUGUUAGUCAUGCACAGACCCCUGCCCCUGUUGUCAUCGUCACCCCUUCAAAUCAGGCAGCUUUGGGUCGGGUUUUGGGUGGUCAGUCGUGGUUACAAAAGCCCAGAUCCUUCAAGAAGACGGAGAGUGGUUCUGUCCUCUUGAGGCAGCGGAUGCUGGGCCGAGGCCCGGGGCUGCAAAGAGCACAAAGCUGUGGGGGAGAAACUGGGGCCUAGUGACAGGCCUGGCAAGGCCCAGACUUGCUUUGUGUGACACUGAAUUCAAACCAGGAGUCUCGCUAGUCUGAACGACACGCGGUGAGAAUGGGGCCCGGCCGUGGCAGGGAGCAAGUGAUAUUAUGGAUCAACUAUGUCGGUGUUGAGAGCAGGGUUCCCCAGGAGCGGGGAGGGACUGGCCCCGGGGAGGCUGCGGAGAUGGGGCUUUGGGCCAGCCCCAGGGCGGCCCUGCCGGGAGAGGGGAGAGGGACGGGCCGCGGGCCCCAGACUCCCGGUACUUGGCGGCCGAGGGCCACAGAGAGCAGAGGGGCCGGGCGGUCUACUCGUGCUGGGCCCUCCCGCCAGUCGCCUCCGGGGUCCCCGCCCUCACCAGCCGGGCUGGCGGUGACCUGAGGCCCGGGGGGCUGCAGCCUUGCUCUGCUUUGUUUUGUUUUGAAGCGGAAAGCUGCUGCUGCCGGUGCCCCGGUCCCUUCCAGCGCCGAAGGCAGGGCCGCUGGCUUCUGUGCCCGAGGAAGGCCUCAGCCUCCUCCCCGGCCCGGCCGUGCGGGCAGCUGGGGCCGUGUGCUCCGUGUGCCCGACUCGCUCUUGGGCUUUGGCCUGGAAGCGAUGUGAUCAGAGCAUUGACCUUGUGCUUCUUGGACUUGGUGAAUGCUCUCUCCUUGUUUUCCUCGUGUUCUGGGCUUUGAGGAACAUGACACAGUUUGAGACAGACACCGUUUCCUUAAAUGGAGAAAUGCAGGAGAUUUCCCGGCCUGACCACUGUUCUUUUGACGGUCGCCUCUGCCUCACCUCAGUGCUGCCUUAGAGAAAGGGGCCGGCCCCCUCUCGUGCUCUGCUCCUGCUCGGGUUUCUAACACAAGCCUUGGGCCCUGGGCCCUGGCAUGGUGGCGGCCCAGUCCCGCGCCCCCCCCCCCCCCGCCCCAGCGCCCCCGUCCUGCUGCAGCUUGCCCGGGGCGCUGUGUGCCGGGCCCAGCGCCCCGGCCGCUCUUCCACCGCCUGGCACACGCUGUAUGGCCAGACGCCCCCUCGGACAGACUCCCGAGGUACAGUUGUGCAUCUCCCUGGCCGGGACGCCACAGAGAGGGACGGAAUCUUGGAUCUGCGGUACAAAUCUGUAAACCGGUCUGUCUGCCCAAGUGGCUGUCGGGUGAUGCUGGAGGCCCCUGAGAGCUGCCCGCGGUGGUUUAUUUUACUUUGCCUGCGGCCAGUCCUCUGUGAAGUACAGUGUAGUGCGGGUGCAGUAGAUGGUUCAGUAAACGUCUACCGCAGACCUCGGGCCUGUUAGCCUCGCUUGCUGUGGCGACAGAAGGGGCCGCUGCUCCCAGCAGUCAGACACUCAGGUCAGUUCUGGGCUCACACCCCUGGCGGGGCGCAGGGGGCGAAGUGAGGGCUGCUGUCGCGCCACAGGCUGGGCGAGGGCCCGCGGGCCGUUCAGGCUUUGCACCCAGCGGGGGAGACCGCCUUCUCUCAGCCCAGAGAGUGGCCUGGAGGGUGGAGGCCAAUAAGGGCCUUGGCCAGAAGUUCUCCCCAGUAGUCACUUAACUUUUUACCUUUUAAAAAUAUGUCUCUUUAGUCCUUAAGAGGAGGAGCAAAACUUUUGAGAACAAGCGGAGAUUCCACUCGAGAGCCAUUCCCGAGGCUCAGGCAGGAGGUGUGUUUAUGGUGAAGUCAGGCGGGCUUUCACACGGGGACAGGGACCAGGGACAGGGACCAGGGACGCUCUCUAUGCUCCAGAAAAGCACCUUCCCUGAAAACACUAUUUAAAGGGACCCCACAGCAAAUCCUCUGAUACCUAAUCCUCGGUAACACGAAUCCUCCCUGACAUUUAACUUUUUCUCCGUAUUCUUGAGAGGUCUUGGCUUUCUGCAUCUGUACAGUCUUUCUCCUGAAUCGAGGCUUCUGUGUGAACCUCCAUUUGCGUAAAAGCAUGCAAAGCACGCGGCUUGGUAACAGGUCACGAGCUGAUGGCUCCAUCAAGAUCGCGGCUGGCUCUCAGUGUGAGGGCAGAAGGCCCUCGACCCCGACUUCUGUGCUCGCCUCUGCAGCAAGGGUCUCCGUGUUUGGAAAUAGUGAAAUGAUCCCAGACACGGAGGGGAUGCCUCUCUCCUUCACCUGCUCAGGAUGUCCCUCACCUGACUGGGUUUGGGACCCCUUGAGGUCUCAGAGUUUUCAGACCAAGCAGGUGGUUCCUUCCAGAGUCCUCUUCUCUCCUCUUUGAAGGGAACUCUGGCAUCCAGGCCGGGAUGACUGCGUGCCUGCAGUUUUCCUGCAUCCCCGGCCUUGGCUGUUCGGGGGAAGUGGAUGUAGUCACAGAACAGGGAUGUUUGUUCACAGCGUGGCGUCCAGAGGAAGCAGUCUCCUUCCUUGCUUGUCCCUGCCGUGGACAGACAGGGACCAGCGAGGCAGGAAAGGCUGCAGGACUCUGUGCCGGCCGCUUUUUAAAAACAAAGUAUCGAGGGGUGCCUGGGUGGCUCAGAUGGUUAAGCGUCUGCCUUCGGCUCAGGUCAUGAUCCCGGGGUCCUGGGAUCGAGCCCCGCAUCAGGUUCCCUGCUCAGCGGGGGGCCUGCUCCCCCUCCCUCUGCUUCUCCCCCUGCUCAUGUUCUCUAUCGCGGUGUCUCAAAUGAAUAAAUAAAAAAAAAUCUUAAAAUAAAAAAUAAAAACAA